CUGAACCCGUGCUUCCCACCUGUACCAAGGGUUGGACAAGGUGGUAUAUAUGGACUGCCAGUCCUGCACUGGGCAAAGGAGUCAAGAGACAAGAGGACAGGUCAGUGCCAAGCAGGAAGGUGUCAACGACAAGCUGUGAAUCAGGAACUACCACCAACGAGAGUUUGAAAACACUAGUCUGAGGAGAGGUUAAAUAUCGACAUGACUUCUGCUGAUAAGGAGAAGCAACCUUCAUGCUUGAAAGAUGAUGACAAGUCGACCCCGAGGCUGGCGGAGGACAAAGGUCACGUGGAUGCUGACCUUCUUCCCCUUUCCUCCAGACUGCGGUACAGGCUGACCGAGGUCCCGCCAAUACCCAUCUUAUUCUUCAUCGCCCUGCAGCACGUGCUGCUGAGCCUGGCGUCCUCACUCACCAUGUCUCUAGUGGUUGCCGACACCCUGUGCGCCCACCCUGGCCACCCGAUCCGCGCCCACCUGUUCAGCACGACUUUGUUCAUGGCGGGUGUGUGCACCGUGGUGCAGACAUACAUUGGUGUCAGACUUCCUGUGUUUCAAGGUCCAUCCUCUUCCUUCCUCGUGCCCUCAUAGCCUUGAGCAGAAAUCCAGGCUGGGUGUGUGUGGAGGACGCGCCGGUCACCCUCAAUCACGAUUCACUCAACUCUACCUCAGUAGAACACAAUAUAACAGAACUCGCUUCGGUCGACGGUCUUCUAAGCCUGGAAGAAAAGCUCCAGCAGCUGUCCGGCAGCUUGAUGGUGGCGUCGCUGCUGGAGGUGGUGAUAGGCGUGGGAGGCUUCAUACGACCGUUGCUGCGCUACAUCGGCCCCAUCACCGUGGCGCCCACCAUCAGUCUCAUCGGCCUCUCUCUCUUCAAGCUGCCUGUCAUCUACGGCAAGAUCAACCCUCCCAUCGCCCUAGCGAGUGCUGUACUCGUCAUCAUAUUUGCUCUCUACCUGGGAAAGGUGCACAUUCCUAUACCCUCCUGUAGUAAGGAAAAAGUCAGGACAUCAUUACCUGUGUUCCAGCUCCUGCCGAUCCUGUUGGCGCUGUUGGUGAUGUGGGUAGUCAGUGCCAUCUUGACGGUGGCGGGAGUGUUCCCCAACGACCCCACCAACGCCAUGUUCUACUCGCGGACUGACGCCAAGAAUGAGAUUAUCAGAAGCACACCCUGGCUACAGUUUGUCUACCCAGGUCAGUUCGGGCCACCAUCUUUCAGCCUGGCCGCCAUGAUAGGGUUUGUGGGAGCAGUGGUGUCGUCGGUGGUGGAGUCUGUCGGCGACUACUUCGCUGUGUCUCGAGCUUGCGAGGUGCCUCUGCCUCCGGACCACGCGAUAUCUCGCGGGAUCUUGAUGGAGGGCCUGGGGAGUGUUCUGUCGGGGGCCGUGGGGUCAGCUCACGCCACAACCUCCUACAGCGGCAACAUCGCCAUGGUUACCUUAACUAAGACGGCGAGCAGAUCUGUCAUGCUGGUUGCAGGUUUAUUUCUCGUCCUUGUCUCUCUCAUCGGAAAGGCCGGCGCCGUCUUUGCCAGUCUGCCGCCGCCCAUACUGGGAGGGUUGACUCUGGUGCUGCUGGGGUUGUUGGGGUCGCUCGGUCUGUCGUCGCUCAAAUUUGUCGACUUGUCAUCGAAUAGAAACCUCCUCAUCAUUGGAAUUGCUUUCAUGUGUGGGCUGUCCAUUCCCGCUUUUAUGGAGGAGCAUGGGGAUAUGUUAUCUACAGGUGUUGACAGCGUGGACCAGGUGGUGGGUGUGGUCCUGGGGACGCCGAUGCUGCUGGGUGGCUUGACGGCUCUCAUCCUGGACAAUACUGUCAGUGGAACCAAGGAGGAGAGGGGCCUCUUGAAGUGGAAGCAGAUUGAGAACGUGGACACAGGAGAAGCAAAGACAUGUUCAGGAGUCACAACAGAGGAGACCUACUCCUUCCCUUGCUUCAGUAGAAGGUCUCUUCCCAGAUGGAUUACCGCCCUGCCCUUUCUACCCCCGGUAACAAAGGACCCUCCCGCGAACAUUAACGAAGUGUGAGUGAAGAACUGCAAGGACUUUUUGUACAGAACGAGUAUCUCGAGUAUACAAAUGACAAGUCAAUUAAAGUUUCCAAAGCCUUUGCCCUUUCCUGCAUUCCAUUCGCUGGCUGUAAACAACAGGAAGCGCAACUUUCUUAUUAGCAGCAAUCACUUCCGAGGGAGGAGGACUCGGGAGGUGUCAGCAGCUCCAUGGCUGUUUCAUGGCGGGCACAGGUCGAUGCCAUCGGUGAUGAGGUAACACCGGGCGUCGGUAAGGGUUCGUUAGACGAGAGGAAAGUGCCUGCGAUAACAGUUCUCAAGGUUUAAAUAAUGAUUUGGCAAUAGCCAAGUACCUCAGUUGACAACCAAUCACUAGAGUAGCAGGGGAGGCCACUGCUGUAUGGAAAGGCUGACUUCAGAACAAGUAAUCGCAAUACUUGGGACAGGAGGUGUGUGAGUGUGUGAGCUCCGUGUACAAACAACAUGACUACGUGUAUAAACAACAUGGCUACGUGUAUAAACAACAUGGCUACGUGUACAAACAACAUGGCUACGUGUACUAACAACAGUGCUAAGUGACUUCCCAUCUUCACUAAGCGAAGGAUUUUUCCACCGCUCGGCUUCAUUUCUUCUAUGAAAAUAUGUCUACCUCAGACAUUCCUACCUACAUAUAAAUCCAUCUACAAACAUACCCACUAACUAACCCAAAAGCAAAUAUGAAAUAUCAUUCUCUUUAUUUAAAAAAAAGCAGUCUAAGCAAAAAUAUAUUAUGAUUGUUUGUAUGGUUUAACUAUUAUUAAUAUUAGCGACAAAGGAAUAAUGACAGUUUACAUUUAGCGUGGGAUCCAUGGCACCGUGGAUAUUUUUCUAUUUUUCUAUGUUUUUCUGUAUCUGAAAAGAAGAAUAAAAAAUAAAUAAAGAUGGAAAGAGAGAA